AUGACACCAAAGAAGAAACAAAGUUCAAUAAGUCAUUUCUUUACAUCUCAAAAACAAAAUUCAUCAUCACCUGAAUCAAAAUCAUCAUCGCUGCAUCAAAAUUCACAAAAUGGAGGAUCAUUUUCUAAAUCUCCUGAAUUAAAUGGUUUAAAUCAAUAUCUGUUUCAAAAUGAAAAAGAUCAACACUCAUCGGGCCCAGUUGAUCUAGAUCAGGAGAAUAGUCCAGCUUUUUCACAGCCGAUAAGUCAAACUAACGCGAAUGGAAAUCAAGUUGAUUCAACUUCACAAGAUCAUAUUCAAAACGGUGUAGAUCAAAUUGAAAAUUCAAAUCAUAAUCAAGAACAAAAUCACGUCUUACCUCAAAAACGGCCUAUAUCAUCUCCAUCUAAAUAUACAUAUAAAUCACGUAAACUAGAAAAGAAAAAAGAAGAAGAGUCAUCAACCACAGCAUCACCUACAAAUUCCAAAUCAACAAAAUCAUCAAAAAAAUCUAAAUUAACACCAUUAGAACAUCAAAUAUUAGAAUUAACAGAAGCAAAUCCAGACAAGAUUCUUUUAAUUCAAGUUGGUUAUAAAUAUAAAAUUUAUGGACAAAAACAAGCAUUACAUGUAUCAAAAUGUUUAAAUAUAAUGUAUAUUGAAAAUAAAGAAGAUUUAAGAUUUUCUUAUUGUUCAUUUCCUGAUAAUAGAUUACAUAUAAAUUUACAAAGAAUUUUAAAUUCAAAUGUUAAAAUUGGUAUAGUUAAACAAAUGGAAAGUGCAAUAAUAAAAGAAAUUGAUAAAAUUGGUAAAAGUGGUGAUUUAAUGAAAAGAGAAAUUACUGGAGUUUAUACAAAGGGAACAUAUAUGAGUGAUGAAUUUAUUGGAAGUAAUUUAAUACCAAAUAGUAUUGAAGAAGAAAAUCCAAAUUAUAUUAUUUGUAUUAAUGAAAUUAAUGAAAAAGAAUUUGCAAUAGUUGCUGUACAACCAUUAACUGGAGAAAUUAUAUGGGAUGAAUUUCAUGAUCUGAUAAGUAGAGAAGAAAUGGAAACAAGAUUAUUAUAUUUAAGACCAAGUGAAGUUUUGGUGGUGAAUAACCAAGAUAAAAUAAAUGGAAGUACUUUAAAAUGUCUUAAAUUAAUAAAUCAUGAUUUAAAAAUUGAACAUAAACAAGCUAAUACAGAUGAAUUAUCAAAUUAUUUACAAGAUGAUAUAUUACAAUAUUAUCAAAUUAAUUUUUCCAAAGCCAUUCAAGAAUGUAUUAUAAAUUUAAUAAAUUAUUUAUCAGAAUUUAAAUUAAAUAAUAUUUUUACAAUCCCACAAAAUAUUUCAACUUUUAAAGAUUCAAGAAAAUAUAUGAUAUUACCAGCAAAUACAUUAACAAGUUUAGAAAUUUUUCAAAAUUCAACUGAUCCAAAUACCACCAGAGGAACAUUAGUUUGGUUAUUAAAUCAUACAAAAACAAGAUUUGGUAAUAGAUUAUUAAAUAAAUGGAUAUCAAGACCAUUAAUUGAUAAAAAUCAAAUUUUGUUGCGAUUAAAAGCUGUAGAAGAAUUAUGUAAAUUUAAUCAUAUUAUAGAUUCACUUACUCAACAAUUAAAUAAAAUUGGUAAAAAUUUAGAUUUAGAAGAAUUAUUAAUUAAAAUUCAUUAUUCUGCAACAACUCAUUCAAAUAGAAUUAAUAGAAAACAAAUUUUUUUAAUGUUACAAAGUUUUAAUGAUGUUUUAAAAAUUAUAAAACUGUUUGAAAAAUCUAUAAGUGAUCCAAAUUCAAAAUUAAAAUCAAAAAUUUUAAAUGAUAUACUAUUGGAAUUAUUGGAAUUAUCAAAAACUGAUGUUAUUUAUAAUUUAAUAAGUAUGAUUAAUCCAUCAUAUUUAUUAAAUGAAUCUAAGGAUCCAUUUGUACAAAAGACUACUUUUUUCAAUUUAUCAAAUAAUGGAGAAGGAUUUAAUGAAAUUGAAAAAGAAUUUGAAAAUUUAAAAAAAAUUGAUCAGGAAUUUGAAAUUGAAUUACGCAAUAUCAGAAAAUUAUUAAAUCGUCCUCAAUUAAAUUAUGUUACUGCUCAAAGAGAACCUUACCUAAUUGAAAUUAGAAAUGGUUCAAAUAUACCUACUGAUUUUAUAAAAAUAAAUUCAACAAAAACAGUUAGUAGAUAUAGAAAUAAAGAAAUUAUAAAAUUAAUUAAAUUAAAAUCCUAUCAUCAGGAGCUAUUAAUUCAAAAAUGUGAUUUUGCAUUUUUACAAUUUUGUCAAAUUUUAGAUCUGCAAUAUUCUUUUUUACAAACAAUAGUUAAAAAUUUAUCAAUUUUAGAUUCUUUAUUAUCAUUAUCUUAUUAUUCAAAUAAUAAUUUAAAAACUCAACCAAAAUUACUGGAUGAUUUAAUCAUAGAUGUUAAACAAGCUCGUCAUCCUAUUAUUGAAGAAUUAAGAAAUGAUCAAACUUAUGUUUCAAAUAAUAUUAAUAUAAGUUAUGAUAAAAAUAGAGUUUUAAUAAUAACUGGUCCAAAUAUGGGUGGGAAAUCAAGUUAUGUUAAAACUAUUGCCCUUUUUACAAUUAUGACACAAAUUGGUUGUUAUUUACCUUGUGAAUUUGCCAAUAUGGGAAUAUUUGAUUCAAUAUUUAUAAGAAUGGGAGCAUCAGAUAAUAUCCUCAAGGGAAAAUCAACAUUUAUGAUUGAAAUGUUAGAAUGUAAUUCAAUUAUCUCGAGGUUAACAAAUAGAUCUUUAAUAAUAUUAGAUGAAAUUGGUAGAGGUACAGGAACAACAGAUGGUAUAUCAUUAGCAUUUUCCAUAUUAAAAUAUUUAAUUGAAAUUGAAUAUAAACCUUUAAUUUUAUUUAUAACUCAUUAUCCAAGUUUAAAUAUUUUAGAAAAUGAAUAUCCAAAUCAAGUUAAAAAUUAUCAUAUGGGAUUUCAAGAAGUACAAAAUACUACAAAAGAUAAAGAUUCAUUUCCAGAAAUUAUUUUUUUAUAUAAUUUAGUAUCUGGAGUUAUAAAUAAUUCUUAUGGUUUAAAUGUUGCAAAAUUAGCAGGUAUACCAAUUGAUAUAAUAAAUAAUGCUUUUAAAAUUUCAGAGGAUUUAAAACAUGAAAUUGAAAUAAGUAAUAAUGAUGAAAAUUAUAAAUUUUUGAAACAAUUGAAAGAUUUAUUAAAUUCAAAUGACAUUAAUAAUGAAUCUAUUAAUAAUUUACUUAAUUUAUAA